AUGUACGGUUAUACGGUGGUGCUAGUGGCCGCGUUGGCCAGCCCGGCUUUCGGAUGCCUGAAUCUAUUUGGAGGUGGUUGUGGCGCGCCUAGACCUGCCUGUGGUGGAGCUGUGGAGGAGGAGCCCCGGCUUGCGGAGGAGGAGGUGGAUACGCUGCUCCUCAACCCGCUGGCGGCUACGCUCAGGCCCCGGCUUUCGGAGGAUACGGAGGAGGAGCCCCCCUUAACCUUGGCCAAGUCGUUGGAGGAGGAUACGCUCAGGGAGGUCAACAGGGAGGUUUCCAGCAGGGACCAGCUCUUGGAGGAGGAUACGCUCAGGGAGGCCAACAAGGCGGCUUCCAGCAGGGACCAGCUGUUGGAGGAGGAUACGCUCAGGGAGGCCAACAAGGCGGCUUCCAGCAGGGACCAGCUGUUGGAGGUGGAUAUGCUCAGGGAGGAUUCGGAGGGGCCCAACAGGGUGGCUUCCAGCAAGGACCGGCCGCCGGAGGAUAUGCUCAGGGAGGAUUCGGAGGACCCGCUCAAGCUCAAGGAGGAUUCCAGCAAGCCCCAGCCGGAUACUCUCAGGGAGGAUUUGCCGCAAGCCGUCCAGCAGCAGCAAGCCGUCCAGCAGCAGCAAGCCGUCCAGGGCUACAACCAGGGAGCCCAGGGAUUUGCCGGAGUCGCCGGAGCCACUGGAGCUGAACAACAACAACAACAGGUUCAGCAGCAGACCGUCACCCAGACCGGACAGGCCCAGGAAGCCCAGGGAUAUGGAGCCGAAGACACCCAGGCCGCCAUCCCAACCGGAACUGAAGCACCAGCUGCCUCGGCUGAAGGAUAUGGAGAGCAGGAGGAGGCCCAGCCCGCCCAGCCCACCCAGCCAACCCUGACCUAUGGCCAGGAAGAAGCCUCCGUUGAGGAGCAACACCAAGAGACCUCGGACUACGAGAGCAACAACGGACCCUCUGAUUACGAGGAUGCCAAGGAGACCGCCGAGCCGGCCAAGGAGGAGCAAGGAUAUUCGAAUGAAGCCGCUGCUGCCUCGUCGGAGACCGUCACCGAGGCCCCCGCCCCUGCUCAGAGCUACGAGCCCGCCGCUACCACCGCCGCCCCUGCCCCCGUUGAGUCCUACGAUAGCGCUUCCGUCGAGGAGAAGCCAAAGACCGACUACCGUCGCCGUAUCGUCGUCCACCGCAAGCUC